AUGCCGUACAGGUUGGUGGUGAUGGGCAGCUGUGGCGUGGGCAAGACUGCGCUGACCAUCCGCUUUCUCCAGAACCGCUUCGUGGCUGAGUACGAGCCCACGGGUAGAGACAUGUACCAUGGCGUGGCAGUGGUGGACGGGGAGUCGUGUGAGCUGAACAUCCUGGACAUUUCAGGAGGUGAGAACUGUGCUGAGUGGCUGGAGGAGUGCAUCCGCUGGGGAGACGGCUUCCUCUGUGUCUACGCUGUUGACUACAUCAAGACCUUUGAGGAUGUGAGCGUCUUCUGGAACCGCAUAUGCAAGGUCAGGGGCACCACGCUGGUACCCAUGGUACUGGUGGCCAACAAAACAGAUGAGGGCCACUGGCUGGUGAAAUCAGACGUGGGUCAGGAAGCUGGUGACAGCUUCGGGGUGCCUUACGUGGAAGCCUCGGCCAAGACCCGGCAGGGCGUGGAGCACACCUUCCAUGCAGUGAUUCGAGAGAUCCGUCGGAAGCAGGCUGCCGACGAGCUUAAGGGCUGCCCAGAUGGUUGUGACGGGCAGUGUUUUGGGCACGAUCUUUGCACGCUCCUAUGA